CGUCUCAUCUCAGGCGCGAAAAGUACUUGAGCCGCUUGAGGUUGGAAGUGCAAGCAAAACAAACGGAUCCAAGGAUGAAAAGAGAGUUUAAAUACGUUACGAUCAUAUGAAAAAGGAAAACAAUAUGUCUUGAGCACUGAUUGAGAAUAGAUGACAAGAAAACUCACUGAACAGAUUUAUCAUGGACGAGGUUGCAGAUAAUUUUGCAUGGACUCGCCAGCUUGAGUGUCCACUGACAGUAUACAAUGAAUCGAUGAAGAAAAUAUUAUGCAAAGGAGUACUAGAGCUCCUGUGGGAGGACAUUUCCAAUUCUGCGUUUCCUAUAGCUGAAGCAUGUAAAAUAAGAAAGAACAUUUUGCUGUACAAACUGAAGCAUGGAUUAACUGAUUCUGCAAUUUCAUCUGCAAGACAUUUGGAUCAGUUGAAAGUACAAAAUAAUGCACUGAAACAACAGAUAUCCACACUGGAAGAAGAAUAUGAAGAACAGGAUUACACUGUCAGGCAAAAAAUGCAACGGUUAAAGGAUAUAAAAAGCAAAUGUUCGCUGAUCAGCAGGAAAAAGGAUUUGCUUAAACUGAAACACAGUGAAACCAGUAAGCAAGUGAAAGAUUGCGAUGACAUGAGACGAGUAUGCCAGCAUUUAAUGCCAAGCACUUCUAAGGACAUAGAUCAACAGAGAUUGAGGGAGAAUUUGGAUAUAAUAGUAGACUUGCGUCGUUCAGCCAUAGAUAAGAAACAAAUAUGGAUAAAGGUAUCAAACUCUCUUAGUAGUAUUGAUGUGCACACACUAUGGACACACUUGUAUCAAAUGCUGUCGCAAGAUUUGAACAUAUUAAUGAAAUUGGAAACCAAGAAUGACUUUGACAAUUUAAAUGUAGUAGGCGAAAGUAUAGAUAUUGGUAUUGCAAGAGCAUCUGGUCAAUAUAUAUGCAUGAUAUCAAAACGCAUAUUGUCUAAUACUAAAAUUAACAUGUACCAACAACGUUUAAUGGAAUUUAUAGAUUUAAUAGAGUUAUUAUCACAUGAAGAUGUAAGCGCGUGGUUAGUUUUAAAGUUGGAGGUAAAAAAAUUAAAAGCCGAACAGGCUUACCUGCAAAACGAAAUUCAGCAAUUGAAGAACAUUAUUCAGGAAAAUUCCUUGCUCAAUCUCGAUAUAGCUCGAUUAACGGCUGACAUAGAGACGAUUGACGCACAGAUGAACAAAUAUAUAAAGGACAUUCAGCAAUCCAUAGCAAUUUUAAACUCUACGCCGACGCUCAUAUUUAAAGGAAAAGAGAAGCUACAAUAUGAAUUGCAGAGGAUAGUAGGCUUACAGGCUGACAAUUACGACGCAAAUUGUGUAAAUAAUGCAUUGGAUAUCGAAUUGGAUAUGUUUUACAAUAUCUUGGAUCUUAAUGCUUUACGAAAAGUAAUGUUGAAGGGAGAUGUGGGGCUAUACAGACACGCAGUCUGUGGACUCGACAAAGCCUCCAUCACGACGAUCAAUCCGCAACACUCGAGGAUCAAGCCUUACUUCCCGACAAUACAAAUGUCAUUAUAUUCUCUCAUAGAAUGCUAUAAAAACGUAACUGCCAACAUAGUUUACACGAAGCUACACAAUUCAACUUCAACGGAGGAGAUUGAGUACACAGAUAAGUUAAUGUCGCCACAAGAAAAAUGUAAUUAUAAUAGUCUGGAAAUGCUGAACCUCGCUAAAGUCGCUUGCGAUCAGACACACGAAGAGAUCAAACACUUUAACGCAGUUCUAAGUGCUUGGACAAAUCAAAACGUACAAGAAGUAAUGGCACUCGACGAAACGACCAUAGACGGCUUGUCUUUUAAAGAUUGGUUGCAGCGUUACAAUUUGUUAUUAUACAUGAUACACACACAUAAAAAUAGCAAAUGAUUCAUAUAUCUAUACUGUAGUCUUUCGCCAUUCAUCUUUAUAUAUUCUAUAUGAUAUUAUUCAUGUGUCUGCAGAAUUUUUGCAUAUAUAUAUUUUUUUUAAAUUAUUUUUUUAUACGAAUUGUACAAGGAUAAUAAUUUAGAGUACACGGGCAUAGUAAAUAGACUUAUAUUUUUCGCAAAAAUACAUCACGUAAUAUACACGUUAACCAAUUUUAUGAUUAAUAAAUUUCGAUUACAGUACAACGAAUUUUUCUGAUGUAAGAGCACUUGAAAUUUUCACAUAUCGCUGCCUAUCGAGGUUGGCGGCGCACGCCCGUAAUUCGCUUUUGGCAUCCCAUCUCGGCGAGUCACUUGCAACAAAACAACUUCAAGUUCUCGGCCGAGUAAGAGAAAAAAAAUUUAUUAGAACGUCCAUGUAUUUCUUCUUUGUACCACACGCGCGCAUUUAGCAUUUUUCAUCGCUCCAGCGAUUGUAUAUUGAACGAUAUCUAACAAAAAAUCAGCCGUCAACGGCUCCAUACUUUUCAGCUAAAAUAUUUUCAACGAAAUUCUCAAAUUUUAUGUAGUUGUAGAUAAUCUCUUGUGAAUGCUCUUGUAUGGUACAUGCAUUAAUUAUUGCAGAUCACACACAUAACAGAUCACGGUCGAAGAGCUUGUUAUCAAUGCAACUCGAAUUAAAUUUUUUUUAGAAUCAUUUCUCUUCUAUCAUUGAUGAAAAAUGGCACCAAUAAACAUGUUAAAGUAUACUUUUUUGUCGUUUGCGAGAGAUAGAAAAAUGGAUUAAGAACCAGAAGAGUUCUCCAUUUGGGAACAAAUUCUUCAAUUAUGGUUGUUGCAAUUUACAUUACUUGAAUUUACAUGACAAGACUCAAGAACGUUCAAACGAGAAGGGCAGUAAUUACAAUUGGGAACAGGGUCCCAAGAAGUCGAAAAUUCAAGACGCUCUCUUGACUUUUCUUUUUCCUUAUGUACGUAAGCCGCUAUAAGGGUCAUGCACCCUAAUGUGCGAUUUUAUACAGCUUCCGCUUCAUACAUAUAUAUGUGUGUGUGUAUGUGUGUGUGUGUGCGCGUGUGCGUGUGUGUGUGUGUGUG